CAAAUAGUGCUGAUAAAAAGAGGCGAUUUCAUAUACACCAAAAGAGUCUCAAGCUGAACUCAAAGAGUGGACAUGCAAAUCAAGAAGACAACAUAGAAAAUAAUCAUGUGCACGUGGCUAGGCACGAUUUCAGUUUUGUCCUUCGCACUGAUCACUAUCUCGAUUGGAGUAUUAUCUCAAGAUGCCGGCGAAUCUGACAACCGGUGCAUCGCAGAAACGUCGUGCUCCGCUUGCAUAAGUGCCGGGCCCCAUUGCUCCUGGUGCAAGAGCUUGGACUUCAAAGGAGCAAGAUGUGACAGGGUGGAAGCUCUGCAGCAGCUAGGCUGUCGCAGAGCGGAAAUUUUCGAGCAGAGCAAAUCGCAAUAUAGCCUUACGAACGACCAAAAAUUCAGCGACUACCUGAAUAAUGACGGCAGGGACCAAAUUAAAGCUGUACAAGUUCGGCCACAAAAGGCAGCUUUGCAAAUUAGAGCAGGAGACUCGAUUUCCAUUCCGUUGAGAUUCAGGGCUGCGCGGAAUUAUCCUCUGGAUGUUUAUUUUUUAAUGGACCUCACCUACAGUAUGAGUGACGACAAAGAAACGCUAGGAAAAUUAGGUGGAAAACUAGCCGACACGUUAGGAAACUUGACCCGCAAUUUCCGGCUUGGUUUUGGCUCGUUCGUGGACAAGCCCCUGAUGCCGUUCAUCAACCCUGCGCGCUUGGACAACCCCUGCAGCGCCGGUCAGGUGACUUGCAGCCCGGCGUACGGCUUCAGACACCACCUGGCAAUGUCCAAGGACAUGAAGAAAUUCACCGAACGAGUACAGAAUGCAUCAGUGUCUGGAAAUCUGGACAACGCGGAGGGCGGGCUGGACGCGCUGAUGCAGAUUUUGGCGUGCAAAAAUCAAAUCGGCUGGGCGCGGGAUUCGAGGAAAAUCGUCAUUUUUGCCUCAGAUGGAAUAUUACACUUUGCUGGAGAUGGAAAGCUCUCAGGGACUGUGAAAAAUAAUGACAUGAAAUGCUAUUUGGAUUCCAAAACUGGACUUUAUCUAGCUUCAGAUAAAAUGGACUACCCAUCACUUGGCCAAAUUGAUACUUUGCUGCUUCAAAAUAAGGUGAGCAUUAUAUUCGCUGUCACCAAAGACCGGAUUGACCACUACGAGAGGCUGAAUGACGUUUUGCUUGGAGUGAACUACGUCGCUACUUUGGAAGAAGAUUCUUCGAAUAUUAUUCAGUUGAUUCACCAAGGUUACAAGGACAUUGUGUCUUCUGUCAGUUUCUCUGACGACGCGAACUACCCGCUUAAAGUAAGCUACGAGUCGACGUGCAACGCGAAAAACGGUCUAAUCCUGGACACAUCAAGCUGCGAUGAAAUUGAGGAAGGGGAAGAGUACAAAUUCACCCUCACAUUCAGUCUGGACAAAUGCCCCGCCGACCCCAAAGACUGGCGCCAAGUGGUUAAGGUUGAGGAGAGGGGCUUGGUGUCCGGCUUGGAGAUUGAAGUCGAAAUGCUGUGUGGUUGCGACUGUGAGACAGAAAAGAACAGCACCAACUGCGGGGGCCACGGAGAUCUCAAUUGUGGAUCAUGCGUUUGCCACGAAGGCUGGUAUGGUCCAUCCUGCAGCUGUUCAGAGCGAAACGCCACCUCCAUAACCGAGUUGGACGCUGGUUGUCUGCUGGCGGACGACGCCCUGCUCGGCGUCGACCUGUGCUGGGGCCGCGGCGACUGUUUGUGCGGUCAGUGCCAGUGCUACGGCAAAGCCUAUGGUCAAUUCUGCGAAUGCGACGAUUCGUUGUGCGGAGACUGCGGGCCGCACGGCAAGUGCGAGUGCGGCCGCUGCCUUUGCGACCCUGGCUGGGAGGGCAAGCGGUGCACGUGCACCACAGCCCAGGAGAGCUGCAUCGCGCCAGGAGACACCAAACCCUGCAGCGGUGGAGGAAAGUGCGAGUGCGGAAAAUGCGUGUGCGACACAGUAGAUGGUUCCAGGCGAACGGGAGCUUUUUGCGAAAAGUGCGACACGUGCAAAGGGCUGUGCUCGCUAUAUAAACCUUGCGCGCACUGCAAAGUUUUUGGAGAGGAGUGUCCUGAAGAUGAGAGCAUUGAUCCUUGCAUUACGAACUCCAGCACCUCUUACAUCAACAAAGUUAGAAACUUGAAAAUUUCUGAUGAUCUGGACGAGGAGCUUUGCAAGUUUGAGGACGAGGAGGGCUGCAUCUUCCAAUUUAGCUAUUACCUGGACAUUAACAGGAAAGUCCGACUGAAAGUUUUGGACUCAAAGACUUGCAACCCGAGACCAAAUGCAGCGGCUAUCGCCAUGGGAAUAAUUAUAAUCGCGAUAGUUCUUAUUGGACUCUUCCUUUUGCUUUUGUGGCGGUCAAUCGUGGCGGCAAAGGACCGAUAUGAUUAUAUGAAGUUCGUUGAGGCCACUGAAAGGUCGAAUAUGAGUGGAAUGAACCCACUUUACAAGCCGGCCACCAAAACGUAUUACGUUCCGCAAGGCUUCACCGAGCCGCAGGAGCCUACAACGCCGCCGGUCACGACUCCAACUUCGCCAUCAGAGAAAAAGAAUUUUUGAUUUAGUAGUUAUAAUAAAUAUUUUCUUGUGAUAAAUAUAUCGAUGUUGCAUUGAUAUUCAAAAUCAAGAAAAAUAACUAACUUCA